UCAACCUCAAACACAAAUGAAUUUUCGGAAAAAGUUUUUCUAUUAGCUACGACAUUCGUUUGUAUGGAAACUUUUUUUCGUUCAGUAGAUACUUAAAAUUGUCAUCACAUCACAUGUCGAUGAUGAUGGAUUAAUGAUUGAUUUUAAAUAAAAAAAAAUCAUUAAAAAUCCCAUUAGAUUUCUAAAAAUGCGUAUGUCAUACAUUCUAUGUUCGUCAUCAUCAUUAUUACAUCGACAAUCGAUAAAUAAACUUAAUUUGAUAUCGAAAUUACGUUUUAUACAUCAAAAUAAUCAACAACAUGUAAAAUCAUCAAUAAUAAAUAAAUAUGGAAAAUUGGUCAAACCAUUUUUGUUUACAAUAACUGCAUGUGGUGCAUCAUUCACCAUUGCAACUAUAGCUCAAUAUGAAAAUGAUCAAAAUGAUUUUCAUAGGAAACAGAAACGUUUUCAAUCAUGGAAUCCAUAUAAUAGUCAUCAGGAAUUAUCAUGGUUUCAACAGAUGAAAAAUCUGUAUUGGGAUUCACGUAAAGAUGGUUUUAAAAUAUUUUGCUGUAUUGCCGCAUUGAAUGGCCUUGCAUUUCUAUGUUGGCGUAUACCACGAUUAAAUCCAUUGAUGACCAAAUAUUUUAUCUCUCGAAUAGAUACUGGUUCGAUACGAAUUGCGCCAAUGAUUUUAUCAAAUUUUAGCCAUUAUUCAAUUACACAUUUAGCCAUGAAUAUGAUUGUUUUGUAUUCAUUCUGUGAUCUUGGUGUACAUCUUUUUGGUCGAGAAAAUUUUCUUGCACUUUAUCUUAAUGCAGGUAUAAUAUCAUCAUUUGCAAGUUUUGUACAUAAAGUGAUUAUUAAUUCAACCGUACCUUCAUUGGGAGCGAGUGGUGCCAUAUUAGGUGUAUUGGGUGCCACUUGUCUUGAACGGCCCGAUAUCCAAUUGAUGAUCAUAUUUCUACCAUUCUUUACAUUCUCAUCAUAUACGGCACUUAAAAGCAUUCUAUUACUUGAUGCAUUAGGAAUCAUUUUACGGUGGGAAUUUUUUGAUCAUGCAGCACAUAUGGGUGGUACACUUUUUGGAAUGUAUUAUUCAAGUUCAAUACGGCAAUAUUUUUAUGAUAAAAAAAGGAUAAUUCUUAAACAAUGGAAAAAAUUUAAAAAUCAAUUUUAAUAUAUCGUUAUUAUAUAAAAAUUAAAAUGAAAUUUAUCCAAUAUUUUUGGCAUAAUUUGAAUUCCAAUCACGAAGAAAAAUUCUUUGAAUUUGAUUAUACAAUGAUGUUGAAUGUUUUGAAUUAGUAGUAGUUACAUUCAUAACGAUACCUACACCAGCCGUAUUA